AUGCAGAAGUAUGGCAUUAUUCAUAAGGUGGCCACCGCUUACCACCCACAAAUGAAUGGACAAGCUAAGUUGGUCUAUGACAAAGCCUGUCAUCUUCCGGUUGAGAUAGAGCACAAAGCGUAUUGGGCAUUUAAGGAGUACAACAUGGGGUUGCAAAAGGCAGAUUUAGAAAGGAAGCUACAAUUGGAACAUUUAGAGUGUUUGAGGUUAAGGUUGCUAUCCAGAAAGCUCAGAUCAAGAUGGGAUGGUCUGUACAUUAUUGAUAAAGUUGAUCCCUAUGGAGUUGUUCACUUACGUCAUCUCAAGUUAUACCAUCAUACCGAUCCCAAGAGUGACAAGGAGGUGGAAAUUUUCUUCUUGAAGGAUCCACCCGGAGCUUGCAAAUGA